AUGUCUAACAUCCUUGAUUCGGAAAUUGGCUCGGAGCGCUUGAGUGGCUAUGAAGGCGACUUGAAGCUGGUUCAAGCCGAUAUAAACCAGAAGCUCGAAGAGAUCCCCGAGCUGGCCGGCGAGCCUCGCAAAGCAGCCGUCACUCAAGCCGAGCGUGCCCUCGAAGAGGCCGCUGAACUGAUCGCCCAGAUGGAUUUGGAGAGAGCAGAGCUACCUGGUCCUAUGAAGUCAAAAGUCGCCCAACGGCUGCGCGGAUACCGAAGCGACGUCGACGCAGCAAAGCGCAAGCUCAAAUCCUUCACUGACGACCGCCGGGCACUGUUUGGAUCCCGAUAUACCGACAAUCCAACUACGGAUGAUCAGCUCGAGCAAAGGCAGCAGCUUCUAUCGGGCACAGAGCGUCUGGAGCGAAGCAGCGGACGUUUAAGAGACAGCCAGCGCAUUGCGCUAGAGACGGAAGACAUUGGAAGAAACACCCUGGCAGACCUUCACGUACAGCGAUCACAAAUCGAGCACACAAGAACGGUUCUGGACGAGAGCGAAGGUUAUACAGAUAGGAGCAUUAAGACUCUGAGAGGGAUGGCUCGUAGGUAA